AUGGAUUUUGCUGCCGUACUUGAAAUGUCGGCCUUGGACUGGGUACUUCUUGCCCUGCUACUUGUGUUAUUCUACAGAUGGUUAAAAAGGCGAGGUGAACCAGAAAUCGCACUGCCCAAACCUGUUACGGUCGCACCUCUACCUAAACAAGACAUGACGCUAGCUGAGCUACGUAAAUAUGAUGGAGCUCAGGACGAACAUGUUCUCUUCGCCUUGAAUGGAACGAUCUAUGAUGUUUCGCGUGGUCGCAAUUUCUAUGGUCCUGGCGGUCCAUACAGCGCAUUUGCGGGAAGAGAUGCUACCAGAGCUUUAUCCACGAUGGAUGUCAAGGAUGUAAGAGAUGAAUGGGAUGAUCACGAAGACUUCACUGCUGACCAAAAGGAUAGCGCACUUGAAUGGGAAACGUCGUUAAAAACUAAAUAUCCAGCAGUUGGUAAACUUAUCAAGGACGGCGAUCCUCGCACUGAUUACAGUGGUUUGAUGUCGUCGAUUGAGCUUUGA